UUCCCAGUUCUUGGUCCAGCUGAUGGUGUUCCUUAUCAGUUUCGUAAGCUCUGUGUUCUGCGGCCACUUGGGCAAACUGGAACUGGAUGCUGUCACCCUCGCAAUUGCAAUAAUCAAUAUCACUGGGAUUUCAGUGGGAUUCGGCUUAUCGUCUGCUUGUGACACCCUCAUCUCCCAGACGUACGGGAGCCAGAACUUGAAGCAUGUGGGGGUCAUCCUGCAGAGGGGUGUGCUCAUCUUGCUUCUCUGCUGCUUCCCCUGCUGGGCACUCUUCCUCAACACUCAGAACAUCCUGCUUCUCUUUAGGCAGGACCCGGCCGUGUCCAGGCUUACGCAGACCUAUGUCAUGAUCUUCAUUCCGGCUCUUCCUGCAACGUUUCUUUAUGUGUUACAAGUUAAAUAUUUGCUCAACCAGGGAAUCGUGCUGCCUCAGAUUGUAACCGGAGUUGCAGCCAACCUUCUCAAUGCCUUUGUCAACUAUCUGCUUCUCCAUCAACUGCAUCUUGGGGUGAUAGGUUCUGCACUGGCAAACACGAUUUCUCAGUUCGCUCUGGCUCUGUUCCUCUAUCUCUACAUCCUCUGGAAAAAACUGCAUCAAGCUACAUGGGGAGGAUGGUCCCUUGAGUGCCUGCAGGACUGGGCCUCCUUCCUCCGCCUGGCCAUCCCCAGCAUGCUCAUGAUGUGCAUUGAGUGGUGGGCCUACGAGAUCGGGAGCUUCCUGAGCGGUAUCCUCGGCAUGGUGGAGCUGGGUGCUCAGUCGAUCGUGUAUGAACUGGCUACCAUUCUAUACAUGAUCCCUUCGGGCUUUUGCGUGGCUGUCAACGUUCGGGUAGGAAAUGCACUGGGUGCUGGAAACACUGAGCUGGCAAAGAAGUCCUCUGUGGUUGCCCUGCUGAUCACAGAGCUCUUUGCAGUAACCUUUUGUGUCCUGCUGUUAAGCUGUAAGGAUCACGUGGGGUACAUUUUCACUACCGACCGAGACAUCACUAACCUGGUGGCUCAGGUGGUUCCAAUUCAUGCUGUUUCCUACCUCUUUGAAGCUCUUGCUUGUACAUGCGGCGGCAUUCUGCGGGGAAGUGGAAAUCAGAAGAUUGGAGCCAUUGUGAAUGCCAUCGGGUAUUACAUGGUUGGUCUCCCCAUCGGGAUUGCGCUGAUGUUUGCGACCAAGCUUGGAGUGAUGGGUCUGUGGUCAGGGAUCAUCACCGGCACAGUCUCUCAAACUGUGUGCUUUCUAGGCUUUAUUGCUCGGCUAAAUUGGAAAAAAGCCUACCAACAGGCUCAGGUACAUGCCAAUUUGAAAGUCAGUGUGGCUCAGAAUGGAAAUUCUGCUCGCCCUCAGGAUCUGCUUCACCCAGGGGGCCCUGAAAAUCAUGAAGGAAUUUUAAUGAAAGAUGCUGAAAAAAAGGGAGCGACUCAGCUGGAUCCGCAGAUGCACCAAGAAGAACCUUUGCCAGUCCAACCAAAGGACGGCACCAAGUUAUCCUGGAAACAGCUGGUGCUGCGGCGAGGGCUCAUGCUUCUGGGGGCCAUUUUAAUCUUGCUGCUGGGGAUUUUAGUGAGACUGUAUGUCAGAAUUUAGAAAUGUGGCUAGAGAGAGAUAAAGUCAGGUUAAGUGAUGCCUUUGAGCUUACAAAUAAUUCAGAAGCCCGGAGAUGACGAUUCAGUGAACUUAAUUCAGUUGUGCCCAUGGAUUUCAAGAACUGGGAGUUCAAAGAUAUUUUUCUAGUGAAAAAAAGCAUCUAAGAUAGGAACUAUAUUCCAGUCCAAGACAAUGUCUGAAAGGUGACAGCUGAGUAAUAAUACAUUUACCACUGUCUCAACCAAGGACCACCUGUGUACUGAUUGCAUCGACCUAUGGCUUUGAUAUUUCUUCUGCUCACUGUUUUUUUAGACACAAACCCAUAC